UUGGUUGCUGUGGUAACGUAAAGGCUAUUAUACUGGUAGCUUGUCAGCUAAUUUCAAAAAAAAAAUAACAGUUGCCUUUGUUGGUCAUAUAGACCUGUGCGAUACCCUAUUCGAAACACAAGGAGAGAAACGGUGACGAGAUGGCGAACCAGAGGCCACCUUCAGGGAGACCGAUGAGUCGUGGAUCUCUACCCACCGCUGGAAGACCCCCAACAGCCAUCAGACCUCCACCCACAGCCAUCAGGGUUGGAACUGGGAUGGUGCCAGGGACGGGACGCCCUGGAACAAGAGGGGGAAACUUGGGAACCCCGGGGGUUCUGUCUGCUCAGAUCAAAGUAGCCGACCGGCCGGUCACCCAACAGGGCCUGAGUGGCAUGAAGACGGGCAUGAAGGGGCCUCAGAGGCAGAUUCUGGAUAAAUCCUACUACCUUGGACUCCUCAGGAGUAAGAUCAAUGAACUGACAAUAGAGACAAGCAAACUGCAGAAGGAGAUCGACACCUUCAAUCAGGAGAACUCUGUGUACCUCUCUUAUGAGAAAAGAGCGGAAGGACUUGCUGGUGAAUUGAAGGACCUUCAGGGGCAGCUGGCAGAUUACAACAUGCUAGUUGACAAGUUGAACACCAACACUGAGAUGGAAGAGGUCAUGAAUGACUUCAAUAAGUUGAGAGCACAGAAUGACAGGGAGGCCCACAGCAUGGAUGUCAUAUUCACAGAGAGACGAGAGAAGGAGGAGAUGAUUCGGGCAGUGGAGGAGGAGAUGGAGAGGGAGAAGCAGGCUGCAGAUGAUAUCAUCAAGAAGAUGUCUCCAGAAAAACAGGAACAGUAUGCUGCCAUGAAGGUCAACAACGACAAGCUGCUACAGGAGCUGGAUGCUCGCCAGGAAGAGCUAGAUGCCCUUAUAAUGCGAAAGGAGACAUUUGAAUCCGAGCUGUCUCACUCCCAGGUGAAACAGGAAGCUGUGUUACUACAUGAGAAGUUGCAGGAGUUGGAGAUGCGUCGGGAUGCCAUGGUUGCUGAGGACAAGAGCGUGGGUUCACCCCAGGAGGAGAGAGACAGGCUGCUCAAACAGGUAAAAGAAGAGAACCAAGAAACUGCAAGCAUGGAGAGACAGCUGACUGAGAUACGUGAGAAGAUGAGCCAGAUCAACGAGGAGAUCCGACAGAUCGACAACGACAUGGAGGAACAUCAAGGUGAGCGAAACCAGAAGUACAAAGAGUUGAAGAAGAGAGAUGAGACUAUGGACAAUUUUCUGGAUACAUUUGAUGAAACCAAAGCUCUGGAGGUGGAGAGGAAUCGUCAGACUCAGGCCAACAUCGUCACUCUUCUGGAACACACCAGCAAGAACAUUAAUCGCAUGCGUCAGAUCUCCUCUGUGACUGCCAGUGAACUCAAGUCCAUGCAGGAGGAUCUGAGCUUUAAGGAGACUGAGAUGCACAAAUCUCACAACACAACUAAAGGACUGUCUUCAGAGAACCUUCGUCUGACCCAGGACCUGCAGAAGAUCGAACAGCUGGAGAGUAAGAUGAACAUUGAGAUGAAUGGCCUGAUACACAAGAUCCAGACCAUGUCCCAGGAACUGGACACAUACAGUAACCUGGAUGCUCUCAAGACAGCCGGAGAAGAAAAGAAAAGGAGGCUCCUGGCUGACCGAGUGUCCCUAGCUCAGAGGAGAGACAGCUUCAAGAAGAUUAUGCAGAAGAUGGACACCAAGUAUGAGACCCUGAAGACACAGCUUCAGGAGAAUGAAACACACGCUCAGCUGACCAAUCUGGAGAGGAAGUGGCAGCACCAUGAGCAGAACAAUUUCGUAAUGAAGGAGUUCAUUGCCUCUAAGGGUAUGGAGAGUGACUACCGUCCGGUGAUGAGGACCGUCUCCAGGCAGCUGGCAGACUACAACAAAAUCCUCAUCGAUGCCCUGCAGGGCACCAGGAACUAACUGAAAAGCAGAUGGAGGGACCAGGAACUAACUGAACUGAAAGGCAGAUAGAGGGACUAAGAAGUUACUGAAAGGCAGAUAGAAGGACUAGGAACUAACUGGAUGGCAGAUGGAGGGACCAGGAACCAGGCUUGUGGUUAAUAUUAUUUAAAUUCUUGUCAACACAAGGACACUGAAAUUCACAUUCAAAUGAUCUUCAGUGCUUUACAAAUAGCUACUUUACAUUUAAAAUGUAAUUGACCCCAACCCGUAUAGGAACCAGGAACUAGAGGGAAUGGGAUAGCAGGGUUACUUUGGGGACAGGUAUCUCCAAACGAGUCCCAUUCUCUUGUUUAGUUGAUCUGGACUCAGAUGUUGUCACCUAAGUGAUCACCUGAUGGAAGUCAACUACAGACUUGGAAGUGAACCGACUUGCCACUUUACCCACAGCUUGUCAUUAUCACGGAGUGUCACUGUAGCAGCGUCAUUCUGUUGGAUUGGACAGUAGGAAUUCAGACAGUCCGUCUCCGAGCCCAGAGCCCCUUAGUUCACUGAUCCUUUACAUUUACUCAACCAUAUAUAUAACCAUAUGACUGUACUCAACUCAACCAUAUAUAUAACCAUAUGACUGUACUCAACUCAACCAUAUAUAUAACCAUAUGACUGUACUCAACUCAACCAUAUAUAUAACCAUAUGACUGUACUCAACUCAACCAUAUAUAUAACCAUAUGACUUUGUACUCAACUCAACCACAUAGGACUCCAAUUGUUUAAUGUUAACGAAUGUACUGUCAACUUCUAUAUGUUCUGGGUGUUUUGAAUCAUCCAGUGUGUAGUUACAGCUCUGCAGGGAGAAAUCAUAUUUAUAAGCUUUGCAGGUUGUGAUAUUAUUGUAAAUACAACUAAGUAGAACUAUUGCUGUAUUUUUUUGAUUAAAGAGGUCAUGCAACAUU